UGGUGCCUAGUCCUUGCUUUGAGCAGCCACCUCUCUCUUCCCUCUGUAAAAUUCCUAGCGUUUCCUUUGGGUUUCUUAGCCUUUUUUCCUCACCUGAAAUUUUAUUUAUUUAUUUUUGGGGUCUAAUUUUACCACCCCAUCUCUCCUUAGUCUGCCAGUGUAAUCAUCACCUGCUGUACUCUGUUAUCUACAGAACCCUGGUCCUGAAGGUCUCUCUCUUCUCUCUCUCUCAAUCUAUUUGUGAAUCUUUAUAUACACAUAAACGGAUAGAAAGGGGAGGGUUACUGGGUAGUGGAGAGGUUUAGAGAAAAAACCAUCUUAUUGUCUGUAUUUUCCUCAUGUUUUGAUUGCAUGGGGAGAGAAAUAUUUCUCAGCUCUUGUUGGUUUUCUAAGAGAUAGAUAGGAAAGAGAUAUAUAUGAUCUGAAUUUCGUAGCAGAGUCGAUCAGACAAGCAAUCCAUGGCUAGAUAGCGACUUGGAGAAUAACCCAUCAUCAUCAUCUCUUCACGAUAUUUUGCUUUUUCCUCCCAAUGAAUGAUGCCUUUCUGUAUCUACAUGUCACUGCCACCUGUUUAUUAACAAACCUGUGUUUAGUUUGUGUCCAGAGAGCUAGGGAUUCUCUAUUUCUGGGCUACUCUUUGCUGCUCUCUUUCUUGUUGUUUCUUUCAAAGGUGCAAAGUGGUCACUCUUUGAACAAGACCUAAUAAUAAAGUGGAACAAGAUAUCAAACAAACAGAGAGAGAGAUCAGACUAGUCUUCUGAGGUUUUCUCUUGUUUUUCUGUCUUGAAGUUUGCUUCUUAAUUCUCAGGCAUGUUUCCUGCAGCUAUGUCCAAUUCUACUUCUUUGUCUGAGGAGGCUAGUUUUUCUUCUGGUACAAGAGUUGAAGACUUUGGUCGCUUAAAUCCUAUUGUUUCAACCAUUUCUCCUCAGCAGCAGCCAGAAAAAAUUAAGAAGAAGAGAAGCCUCCCAGGGAACCCAGAUCCAGAUGCUGAAGUGAUUGCUUUAUCUCCAAAAACGCUAUUGGCUACCAACAGAUUUGUAUGUGAGAUCUGUAACAAAGGUUUCCAGAGAGAUCAGAAUCUUCAGCUUCAUAGAAGAGGCCAUAACCUUCCAUGGAAGCUGAAGCAAAGAAACAGCAAAGAGAUAAAAAAGAGAGCCUAUGUUUGUCCUGAGCCUACAUGUGUCCACCACCAUCCUUUAAGGGCUUUAGGUGACCUUACUGGAAUCAAAAAACACUAUUGCAGAAAACACGGAGAGAAAAAGUGGAAGUGUGAGAAAUGCUCAAAGAUCUAUGCUGUUCAAUCAGAUUGGAAGGCUCAUUCUAAGACCUGUGGAACAAGAGAAUACAGAUGUGACUGUGGAACCCUUUUCUCUAGGAAGGACAGCUUCGUAACUCACAGAGCAUUUUGCGAUGCAUUAGCUGAAGAAACUGCAAGACUCUCAGCCAACCAACUUGCCUCCACAGCCACCACAAAUCCAGCUCUCCACCAUUUGACAUCCCAUUCCAACCCCAACUCAUCUUCUCCUUUCCCUUUCCAAUCCCAUAUCUCUCUCCACCCAUGGGUCGACCCUACUCAAACUUCUAACCCUAACCCUAAUAACCCACUUCAUGUCAGGCCUGAGACUCUCCAUUUCGCGCCAUUCUUCCAAGAACCCCCGCCACCUCCAAAGGCCCUCAUCACCUCACCCUUCCAAAAUCUCCACGUCAACAACAACCCUUCCUCCAAUGCUGCCAUGUCGGCCACUCCUCACUUGUCAGCCACAGCUCUCCUUCAAAAGGCUGCCACCGUUGGUCCAAUCGCCUCGCAAAUAAACAAUUACAACACCAACAACAACAACAUGUCGAGUCAUCUCUCCCCGGAGUUCUUGGGCUUCACGGCUGGAAACCUGGCCACGUGGCAGAAGAGCUGCGAACGUUUCACCAGGGACUUUCUAGGUUUGACUGGAGACCAUCACCAUAACGGUGGUGGCAAUGGGAAUGUUAACGUUAGCAUGAACGUGAGCGAUGUGCUAGCCUAUGCGGGGGGAGUGGAGUUGCGUCACCUUGGGAGAGACCCCUCGCAGUUGAAACCCCAACGUUUUGGAUUCGCUGAACCUGCCUCGGAAACAUGGGGUGGCUGUUGAAGGAGAAAAAAAAAAGAAAUUGAUAAAAACAGUGAAAAGAAAAGGGUAAAAUAAUAAUUUAGAGAUAGCCCUUCUUAUAAUGACAUCAAUGCCCUUUUCUAUGUUUAGGGGGAAAAAAAAGAGUGAGAAAGAAGGGCCAUAAUAUAAUCCAUGGAGUAGCUAGUCACCUUCUUUUCAGCAAAAAAGAAAAAAAAAUUGUAAUUUGAGUUUUAAUUUCCCAAAAAAAAAAAAAAAAGCUUAGUAGUUUACCUGCAUUUUGUUUAAAUUAAUUUAGUCCCUGUCAAUCUUUCGACUAGUGUUCAAUGGUACGUAGUAAACUUGUUCAU